UUGCGCAUCCCUUCCUUUUGCUUCAGAGUUUGCUUCUUCCUUCGUUCCUCUUUCAUUUGUUCUCUUGUUCUGUUCCGAAGCUCCGGUUAAGCGAUGUAGGCUCCGUUCUGUUUCCGCUUCGUCAUUCUGUUUCGAUGUUGCCUUCUGAUAUGUGAUUCUGAAUAGAAUAUGAAAUUGCAAACCUGUAAUUGUUUUGGGAAAUCUAUUUUCUGACCCAAAGGAAUCUGUUAUGGUUUCAAGGUUCACCCUCGGGGCAUCUCAUGAAGCCGAAAAUCAAAUUGAGCUUUCUCUUAGGCAAGCGUUUGAGUAUUGUGAACCAAAAUUAAGGCCUCCAUUCUCCUUAACAAUCCCAAGUCUCGAUGAGUACCUGGAGCUUAAUAGGGCAAUCCUUUACGGUGUUUUGUGUGAGCCCCGUUUCGCCAAAACCCAUAUCAAGCACUUGCAUGCUAUUGUUACUGAUGGAUACGCGUUUUUUGUUGACUUGCUUGUGAAAAUUGUUCACCAGUUGUACCCAAAGCUUCUUGUGUCAGUGAAAAAUCAGUUGAUUUGGGUUACCAAAGAAAUGGUUGAUGUGUUGGCAGUAGGUUUUGAUGGUUUGUUGGUGUCCCUUUUGAGGCAAAUUGUUGAGGGAGAUUUUAGUGAUGGCAAUUUGUGGUUGUGUUUUGAGUUAGCCAGCUUAUUUCAAGAUAAGUGGAAUUGCAUAUUAGAAGAAGAACCGAUGGUUUUGUCAAGUGCAUUGUAUGUGUAUCUUCGUCUAUUAGCUGAUCAUUGCAGGUCUCCAUAUAAUGAGAAGUUAGGGACUUUAAAGCGAUUAGAGAUUGAUUUAUGUGCCAAAAUAGUGAGGGAAGAAUUCCAUUUAUGUUUAAAGAUUGGGAGGGAUCUCGUCUGGUUACUACAAAAUUUGUUUCAUGUUCAUGAGUUCAGAGCCAUAUGGAAGGAUUUGGUGAUGAAUCCGUCUCGGUUCAGGACGCCAGAAUUUACGGAUAUUUCACAGCUUUACUGCACAAGGACAUCGAGUAGGUAUUUUCUACUUCGGAUUACUCCUGAAAUGGAGUCCCAUUUACGGUUUUUGCUGACACACGUGAAAUUGGGACAACAAAAGCGCCACCAGAUGUGGUUUGCGAGGAAGUUUCUUAGUGAGCCUGAUAGAGAUACUCUGAUGGCUGAUUUAGUUCGAUUUAUAUGUUGUGCACACCAUCCACCAAACGAGAUAAUUCAGUCAGAUAUUGUCCCAAGAUGGGCUGUUAUUGGUUGGCUUCUAAAAUCUUGUAGGAAAAACUAUGUUGCAGCCAAUGUGAAACUAGCCUUGUUCUAUGAUUGGCUCUUCUUCGAUGAAAAUGGGGAUAACAUCAUGAACAUAGAACCUGCGAUGUUGUUGAUGGUGCACUCUAUUCCCAAAUACAUUGACAUGACUCACAGUCUUCUUGAAUUUUUGUUACUCCUUGUAGACAAUUAUGAUGUCGAACAUAAAGAUAUUAUAGUUAAAGGAGUCUCAUCAGCUUUGCGGGCACUUGUUCGCAAAGGCGUAAUUCACUCAAUUGAUGUUUUGACUUCAUGUGCUGCUUCUCCUGUACUAAGACAAGGCCUAGGAAGAUUAUUGUUAAGUGCAGAGUAGGAGUUGGUAAAAGAUGGCUUCCAGUAUAAUUUCCAAUGCUAACCAUACUCACCUUUGUGUUCCUACAGUUGUACCCCAUCAGAUUCGUGUGGUUAGAAUGUCGCAGAAUCGUGGGGGUAAAUCUAUAUAAUUUCUAUAAUAUAUUA